AUGCACAGGCCUGUCCCGGUGCCCCAUGGCACCCAGGCUCUGGUCUCCGGCCCAGUGGUCCCCGCAGGCAGGAGUCAGGACCUACCUAAUAAACGUGUGGCCUCCUCCUCUCGCUUGCUGGGCGGGCCUUUCCAGGGGCGGGGUUUCGAAGCUGAGGCUUCUGCGGCACCCGCGUCGAGUCCGCCCCCGAGUGCCGAUUGGCUGGUGUGCUGGGCCCAGAAUGGGCAGGGGGCGGGUCCACUUAAAAACCCUGGGACAAGAGCGGUCCUUGUCUGCACUCGGUGUUCAGGCAGGUGCAGGCGCCGCAGGGCCGGUUCCUCCGCGCGGCCGAGUCCAUCUCCUGGGAAAUGGGGCGGACAGUGUUUCCUUGAUCGACAGUUGUGAGCGCCCUCUCUCCGGCGGAGCGGAGACCAUGGCCCCCCCUCAGGGCCCCCGGGCCCCGCUGGAAUUCGGAGGGCCCCUGGGCGCCGCGGCUCUGCUGCUGCUGCUGCCCGCCACCAUGUUCCACCUGCUCCUGGCAGCCCGUUCGGGCCCCGCGCGCCUGCUGGGUCCACCCGCGUCCCUGCCUGGGCUGGAGGCGCUGUGGAGCCCACGGGCGCUGCUGCUGUGGCUCGCCUGGCUCGGCCUGCAGGCGGCGCUCUACCUACUGCCGGCGCGCAAGGUGGCUGAGGGGCAGGAAUUGAAGGACAAGAGUCGCCUGCGCUAUCCCAUUAACGGUGCCUGGGGGACGGGCCCUCGCGCUGGAGGCUUCCAGGCCCUGGUGCUGACAGCCCUGUUGGUGGGGCUGGGAGUGUCAGCGGGGCUGCCUCUGGGGGCGCUCCCGGAGAUGCUCCUGCCCUUGGCUUUUGUCGCCACCCUCACCGCUUUCAUCUUCAGCCUCUUUCUCUACAUGAAGGCGCAGGUAGCCCCAGUUUCGGCCCUGGCACCUGGGGGGAACUCAGGCAAUCCGAUUUACGACUUUUUUCUGGGACGGGAGCUCAACCCUCGUAUCUGUUUCUUCGACUUCAAAUAUUUCUGUGAACUGCGACCUGGCCUCAUUGGCUGGGUCCUCAUCAACCUGGCCCUGUUGGUGAAGGAGGCAGAACUUCGGGGCAGUCCCUCACUGGCCAUGUGGCUGGUCAAUGGCUUCCAGUUACUCUAUGUGGGUGAUGCCCUCUGGCACGAGGAGGCCGUCCUCACCACCAUGGAUAUCACACAUGACGGGUUUGGCUUCAUGCUGGCAUUUGGGGACAUAGCCUGGGUGCCCUUCACCUACAGCCUGCAGGCCCAGUUCCUGCUGCGCCACCCGCAGCCUCUGGGGUUGCCCAUGGCUUCUGCCAUCUGCCUCAUCAAUGCUAUUGGUUACUACAUCUUCCGUGGGGCGAAUUCCCAGAAAAACACUUUCCGAAAGAAUCCUUCUGACCCCAGAGUGGCUGGGCUUGAGACCAUCUCUACAGCCACAGGGCGGAAACUGCUGGUGUCUGGGUGGUGGGGUAUGGUCCGCCAUCCCAACUACCUUGGAGACCUCAUCAUGGCUCUGGCUUGGUCCUUGCCCUGUGGGGUGUCACACCUGCUGCCCUACUUCUACCUCCUCUACUUCACCGCGCUGCUGGUGCACCGUGAGGCCCGGGAUGAGCGGCAGUGCCUGCAGAAGUACGGCCUGGCCUGGCAGGAGUACUGCCGGCGUGUGCCUUACCGUAUCAUGCCCUACAUCUACUGAGGCGACUCCACCACCCCACGUGGGGGCAUAUGCCCACUCAUCCACCAGCACACCCAGGACCAGGAGCCUGGACACACUUGGGACUCAAGGGCUUGUACCCCACCCGGCCCUGAGGAUGAACAGCCUCAGAGAAGAGGUGGUUUAGAGCAAGGAAAAAAAAUGAAACCAGUGACCAAAAUCGGA